AUGUCUUUUCUUUGUAUUUUUCCAACUUUCUAUCCCUCUUUUCUCCUAAGGGGAGUGAUAUAUUCUACUGAUUUCGACGAUCCCAACUGGUCCACGACGCCUGUAAAGCCGCGGUUCUCGGGCCUUAAGGCAAACAACAUAGUGGGGACUGCCCAGGCACAUCUUUUUAGGGCGAAUUGCCAGGGCGGUUCAACGCCGAUCAUUGGCCCCGGAUUCCGGACCAUGACUGAAUUAGAUGCAUGCAAUCCGUAA